AUGGCCAGAGGACCCCCAGCCUCCUCUCCUCCUACUGCGACUCCUCCGUCCGGAGCGCUGAAACGAUCCACCUCCAGCACCCAGAAUAUGAAGAACCAGAAAUCAAUCCUCGGGUUUUUCCAAAAGUCGUCGCCGUCAACACCGUCGACUGCUCGCAAUGCAGGACCUGCGUCCUCUCCUGCACAGCGCGCGUCGGAGCAGCGCUCCGCGAACGGAUCAGCCAAGGGUGACAAGAAGAAGAGUGCUCCUAAAUUCUCUCAAGACCUGGCUCCCGUUCCCAGUAGUGACUUAGUUGUUCCAGAAGAGGAAGAUGAAGAGAAGAAGGCAAGGGAGAGCCCCAGCGAGAGUCUAGAGAAGAAAACAUCAUCUCCAUCGCGUCGGGCGAAGAAACAGGUCAACUAUAUGGAGUCUGACUCCGAGGGAGAGGAUGACGACGAGCAGAUUUUCCGUCCAGGCCGAAAGAACAAUCGUCCGAAAAGAAGAAAGGUAUCGCCAGAAAGUGACGAGGAGUUUGAUCAAGAUGGUGGCGAUGCGGGAUAUUCGGAUGAUGAAAUGGACGAUUUCAUCGUUGCCGACGACUCGGACGAGGAGGUAAAACAACCGAAAAAGCGGAAACGGCCGUCUCAGCCAAAGCCCAAGUCUUCGUCUCUACCGCCUGCGGGCUCACCCGACGAGGACAUUGACCUGGACAUCCCUGAAGCUACAUCCGGCACGGCCCUCAAGUGGACUUAUGACCCCGAUAACCAAGAGCCUCGUCAAGAAAGAGCCACCGUACCAUCCUCGAAGCCAUCUUCCGGCACCGUCAAACAAAAAGCUCAUGUUACGGAACCCGAGCAACGCUAUCCUUGGUUAGCGAAUAUUCGUGACAUCGAUGGGCACCCCCCUGGUCACCCAGACUAUGAUCCUCGAACCAUCUAUAUUCCUCCCCUGGCCUGGUCAAAGUUCUCUCCAUUCGAGAAGCAAUACUGGGAGAUCAAGCAAAAGUUCUGGGACACUGUUGUCUUCUUCAAGAAGGGCAAGUUCUAUGAACUUUACGAGAACGACGCGACUAUUGGUCACCAGUUAUUUGACCUGAAACUUACGGACCGUGUCAACAUGCGAAUGGUGGGCGUUCCUGAGAUGAGUUUGGAUCACUGGGCGAACCAGUUCGUGGCAAAAGGAUACAAGAUCGCUCGUGUGGAUCAAGCUGAAUCUGCCCUGGGCAAGGAAAUGCGCGAGAGAGAUGGCAAGAAAGGAGGGAAAGAGGACAAAGUUAUUCGGAGAGAGCUGUCUUGUGUUCUCACGGCCGGUACCCUCGUCGAGGGCUCAAUGCUGCACGACGAUAUGUCGACCUUUUGUGUCGCUAUCAAGGAAGCCAUCAUAGAUGACCAUCCUGCCUUUGGACUGGCUUUUGUUGAUACUGCGACGGGACAAUUCUUCAUGUCCGAGUUGAUGGACGAUGCAGACAUGACAAAGUUCGAAACCUUUGUCGCCCAAACCCGUCCUCAGGAACUUCUCCUUGAGAAGUCGACUAUCUCUCCGAAGGCGCUGCGCAUUUUGAAAAACAACACGGGCCCCACGACGAUAUGGAACUAUUUGAAGCCAGGAAAAGAGUUCUGGGAGGCCGAUAUCACAGUCAAGGAGCUCGACGUCAGCGAGUACUUUGUUUCUGAAGAUGACGACAAUCUCAAGGCAUGGCCUGAAGCGCUCCGAGUUGCACGAGAUAAGGAGCUGGUCAUGUCUGCUUUUGGAGCCCUGGUGCAAUACCUCCGGGUGUUGAAACUCGACCGUGACUUGAUCACCAUCGGUAACUUCUCGUGGUACGAUCCUAUAAAGAAGGCAUCCAGCCUGGUGCUGGACGGCCAAACACUUAUAAAUAUGGAAAUCUUUGCCAACUCCUUCGACGGUGGCUCUGAUGGCACACUCUUCCAGCUCCUCAACCGCUGCAUUACACCAUUUGGGAAGCGCAUGUUCAAGCAAUGGGUCUGCCAUCCCUUGGUGGAUGCGAAGAAGAUCAAUGCUAGAUUAGAUGCUGUCGAUGCGCUCAACGCUGACCCUAGUGUCAGGGACCAGUUUUCUUCACAGUUGACCAAGAUGCCUGAUCUUGAACGUCUCAUCUCCCGAGUUCAUGCCGCGAACUGCAAAGCCCAAGAUUUCCUGCGAGUGCUAGAGGGAUUUGAGCAAAUUGCGUAUACUAUGAGCCUCCUGAAGGAGAGCGGCUCCGGAGAAGGGGUCAUCGGACAGUUGAUCAACGCGAUGCCUAAUCUGGAUGACUUGCUUGAGUACUGGAAAACUGCUUUUGACCGGAGCAAAGCCCGUGACAAUGGGAUUCUGGUGCCCAAGCUAGGAGUCGAAGAAGACUUUGACAACUCCCAAGCGAACAUUUCCCAACUGCACAAUGACCUGGACAACCUCCUCAAGAGAGUCCGCAAAGAGUUGGGAUCAACAGCUAUCUGCUAUAGGGAUAAUGGAAAGGAGAUAUAUCAGAUGGAAGUCCCUAUCAAGGUGAAGGGUAUACCCAAGAACUGGGACCAGAUGUCGGCGACCAAGCAGGUCAAGCGUUACUACUUCCCCGAAUUGCGGACUCUCAUUCGCAAAUUGCAGGAGGCCCAAGAGACUCACAGUCAGAUCGUGAAAGAGGUCGCUGGUCGAUUCUACGCGCGGUUUGAUGAGCAUUACGCCACCUGGCUGGCGGCCGUCAGGAUCGUGUCCCAGCUGGACUGCCUGAUCAGUCUUGCGAAAGCCUCCGCGUCCCUGGGCCAGCCAAGCUGUCGCCCAGUGUUCGUUGAUGAUGAGCGAAGCGUUCUUGAGUUUGAGGAACUGCGUCACCCGUGCCUGGUCUCCUCUGUAGACGACUUCAUUCCCAAUGAUAUCCAGCUGGGAGGUGUUCGUCCCAACAUCGAUCUUCUCACCGGUGCUAAUGCAGCCGGUAAAUCCACGGUUCUUCGCAUGACCUGCGUUGCUGUGAUUAUGGCUCAGAUCGGUUGUUAUCUGCCCUGCCAGUCAGCGCGAUUGACCCCAGUCGACCGGAUCAUGUCACGCCUUGGUGCAAACGACAACAUUUUCGCCGCUCAAUCUACGUUCUUUGUCGAACUGUCGGAAACCAAGAAGAUCCUCUCGGAGGCCACACCUCGAUCCCUUGUUAUUCUGGACGAGCUGGGUCGUGGUACCAGCUCGUACGACGGCGUGGCUGUGGCUCAAGCGGUGCUGCACCAUGUUGCCACUCAUAUUGGGGCCCUGGGCUUUUUCGCAACACACUACCACUCCCUUGCCACAGAAUUCGAAGGCCAUCCUGAGAUUGCGCCCAAGCGGAUGAAAAUCCAUGUGGACGAUGAGGAGCGCCGCAUCACCUUCCUCUACAAACUGGAAGAUGGCGUCGCAGAGGGCAGUUUCGGUAUGCACUGUGCUGCUAUGUGCGGCAUCCCCGAUAAGGUGAUCGAGCGGGCUGAAGUUGCCGCGAAGCAAUGGGAGCACACCAGUCGCCUGAAGGAGAGUCUGGAGCGGCGCAAGGGCGGCGGUUUGAUCGGACUCGGCUGGUGGAGCGACAUUGCCUGGGCGCUUCGGGAGUCCACAGCCGAUACCGACACGGAGGUGACCGAUAGAAGCUUGGAGGUGCUCUGCAAAGCCAUUGAAGCCCUGUGA